UUUCUCAGGAGUUAUCGGAAACCAUCCUCACCAUGGUAGCCAAUUGCAGUAAUGUGAUGAAUAAGGCCAGACAACCGCCACCUGGAGUUAUGCCAAAAGGACGCCCUCCCAGUGCUAGCAGCUUAGAUGCCAUUUCUCCUGUUCAGAUUGACCCUCUUGCUGGAAUGGCAUCUCUUAGUAUUGGUGGUUCAGCUGCCCCUCACACACAGAGUAUGCAGGGUUUUCCUCCAAAUUUGGGUUCUGCAUUCAGCACCCCUCAGUCACCAGCAAAAGCAUUUCCACCCCUUUCAACCCCAAAUCAGACAACUGCAUUCAGUGGUAUUGGAGGGCUUUCAUCCCAGCUUCCAGUAGGUGGUCUUGGCACAAGCAGCCUGACUGGUAUAGGAACUGGGGCUCUUGGACUCCCUGCAGUGAAUAAUGAUCCUUUUGUACAGAGGAAACUGGGCACCUCUGGACUGAACCAGCCUACAUUCCAGCAGAGUAAGAUGAAACCUUCGGACUUGUCUCAGGUGUGGCCAGAGGCAAAUCAGCACUUUAGUAAAGAGAUAGAUGAUGAAGCAAACAGCUAUUUCCAACGAAUAUAUAAUCACCCACCACAUCCAACCAUGUCUGUUGAUGAGGUAUUAGAAAUGCUACAGAGAUUUAAAGACUCUACUAUAAAGAGGGAACGAGAAGUAUUUAACUGUAUGCUAAGGAACUUGUUUGAAGAAUAUCGGUUUUUCCCCCAGUACCCUGAUAAAGAGUUACAUAUAACAGCCUGCCUGUUUGGUGGGAUAAUUGAAAAAGGAUUGGUCACUUAUAUGGCACUAGGUCUGGCCCUGCGAUACGUUCUUGAAGCCUUACGCAAGCCAUUUGGAUCCAAAAUGUAUUAUUUUGGGAUUGCUGCACUAGAUAGAUUUAAAAAUAGAUUGAAGGACUAUCCACAGUAUUGUCAGCAUUUGGCUUCUAUCAGUCACUUUAUGCAAUUUCCACAUCAUUUACAGGAGUAUAUUGAGUACGGACAGCAGUCUAGAGAUCCUCCUGUGAAAAUGCAGGGCUCUAUUACAACCCCUGGAAGUAUUGCACUGGCUCAGGCCCAGGCCCAAGCCCAGGUUCCAGCAAAAGCUCCUCUUGCCGGUCAGGUUAGCACGAUGGUAACCACCUCAACAACCACCACUGUAGCUAAAACGGUUACAGUCACCAGGCCAACAGGAGUCAGCUUUAAGAAAGAUGUACCACCUUCUAUUAAUACUACAAAUAUAGAUACAUUGCUUGUGGCCACAGAUCAAACUGAGAGAAUUGUGGAGCCCCCAGAAAAUAUCCAAGAGAAAAUUGCUUUUAUCUUCAACAAUCUCUCACAGUCAAAUAUGACACAGAAGGUUGAAGAGCUAAAGGAAACUGUGAAGGAAGAAUUUAUGCCCUGGGUUUCACAAUAUCUGGUUAUGAAGAGAGUCAGUAUUGAACCAAACUUUCACAGUCUGUAUUCAAACUUUCUGGACACGCUGAAGAAUCCUGAAUUUAACAAGAUGGUUCUGAAUGAGACCUACAGAAACAUCAAAGUUCUCCUGACCUCUGAUAAAGCAGCGGCCAAUUUCUCAGAUCGUUCUUUGCUGAAGAACUUGGGACAUUGGCUAGGAAUGAUCACAUUAGCUAAAAACAAACCCAUCUUACACACUGACUUGGAUGUGAAAUCUUUGCUGCUAGAAGCUUAUGUUAAAGGACAACAAGAGUUGCUCUAUGUAGUGCCCUUUGUUGCCAAAGUCUUAGAGUCCAGCAUUCGUAGUGUGGUUUUUAGGCCACCAAACCCCUGGACAAUGGCAAUUAUGAAUGUAUUAGCUGAACUACAUCAGGAACAUGACUUAAAGUUAAACUUGAAGUUUGAGAUUGAGGUCCUCUGCAAGAACCUUGCAUUAGACAUUAAUGAGCUAAAACCUGGAAACCUCCUAAAGGAUAAAGAUCGCCUAAAGAACUUGGAUGAGCAACUCUCUGCUCCAAAGAAAGAUGUUAAGCAGCCAGAAGAACUCCCUCCGAUCACAACUACAACAACUUCUACAACACCAGCUACCAGCACCACCUGUACGGCCACAGUUCCCCCACAGCCCCAGUACAGCUACCAUGACAUCAAUGUCUAUUCCCUGGCGGGCCUGGCACCACACAUUACUCUAAACCCAACAAUACCCUUGUUUCAGGCCCAUCCACAGUUGAAACAGUGUGUGCGUCAAGCAAUUGAACGGGCUGUCCAGGAGCUGGUCCAUCCUGUGGUGGAUCGAUCAAUUAAGAUUGCCAUGACUACUUGUGAGCAAAUAGUCAGGAAGGAUUUUGCUCUGGAUUCUGAGGAAUCUCGAAUGCGAAUAGCAGCUCAUCAUAUGAUGCGUAACUUGACAGCUGGAAUGGCUAUGAUUACUUGCCGUGAACCUUUGCUCAUGAGCAUAUCUACCAACCUGAAAAACAGUUUUGCCUCAGCCCUUCGUACUGCAUCCCCACAACAAAGAGAAAUGAUGGAUCAGGCAGCUGCUCAGUUAGCACAGGACAAUUGUGAAUUAGCUUGCUGCUUUAUUCAGAAGACUGCAGUAGAAAAAGCAGGCCCUGAGAUGGACAAGAGAUUAGCAACUGAAUUUGAGCUGCGGAAACAUGCUAGGCAAGAAGGGCGCAGAUACUGUGAUCCUGUUGUGUUAACAUAUCAAGCUGAGCGGAUGCCAGAGCAAAUCAGGCUGAAAGUUGGUGGUGUGGACCCAAAGCAGCUGGCUGUUUAUGAAGAGUUUGCACGCAAUGUGCCUGGCUUCUUGCCUACAAAUGACUUAAGUCAGCCCACAGGAUUUUUAGCUCAGCCCAUGAAGGCUGUAGAGGGCUUAUUAGAUGCUACAAGUGGUGCUGAUGCUGACUUACUGCUGCGAUACAGGGAGUGCCACCUCUUGGUCCUAAAAGCUUUGCAGGAUGGCCGGGCAUAUGGGUCUCCAUGGUGCAACAAACAGAUUACAAGGUGCCUAAUUGAAUGUCGGGAUGAAUAUAAAUAUAACGUGGAGGCUGUGGAGUUGCUGAUUCGCAAUCAUUUGGUUAAUAUGCAGCAGUACGAUCUUCACCUGGCUCAGUCAAUGGAGAAUGGUUUAAACUACAUGGCUGUGGCAUUUGCUAUGCAAUUGGUAAAAAUCCUGCUGGUGGAUGAAAGAAGUGUUGCCCAUGUUACUGAGGCAGAUCUGUUCCACACCAUUGAAACCCUCAUGAGGAUUAAUGCUCAUUCCAGAGGCAACGCUCCAGAAGGAUUGCCUCAGCUGAUGGAAGUAGUGCGAUCCAACUAUGAAGCAAUGAUUGAUCGUGCUCAUGGAGGCCCUAACUUUAUGAUGCAUUCUGGGAUCUCUCAAGCCUCAGAGUACGAUGACCCUCCAGGCCUGAGGGAGAAGGCAGAGUAUCUUCUGAGGGAAUGGGUGAAUCUCUACCAUUCAGCAGCAGCUGGCCGUGACAGUACCAAAGCUUUCUCUGCGUUUGUUGGACAGAUGCACCAACAAGGAAUACUGAAGACUGAUGACCUCAUAACAAGGUUCUUUCGUCUAUGUACUGAAAUGUGUGUUGAAAUCAGUUAUCGUGCUCAGGCUGAGCAGCAGCACAAUCCUGCUGCUAAUCCCACCAUGAUCCGAGCCAAGUGCUACCACAACCUGGAUGCCUUUGUCCGACUCAUUGCACUUCUAGUGAAGCACUCAGGGGAGGCCACCAACACUGUCACAAAGAUUAAUCUGCUGAACAAGGUCCUUGGUAUAGUAGUGGGAGUUCUCCUGCAGGAUCACGAUGUUCGGCAAAGUGAAUUUCAGCAGCUUCCGUACCAUCGAAUAUUUAUCAUGCUGCUCUUGGAACUCAAUGCACCUGAGCAUGUGUUGGAAACCAUUAAUUUCCAGACACUUACAGCUUUCUGCAAUACAUUCCACAUCUUGAGGCCUACCAAAGCUCCUGGCUUUGUGUAUGCCUGGCUUGAACUGAUCUCCCAUCGGAUAUUUAUUGCAAGAAUGCUGGCACAUACGCCACAGCAGAAGGGGUGGCCUAUGUAUGCACAGCUACUGAUUGAUUUAUUCAAAUAUUUAGCUCCUUUCCUUAGAAAUGUGGAACUCACCAAACCUAUGCAAAUCCUCUACAAGGGCACUUUAAGAGUGCUGCUGGUUCUUUUGCAUGAUUUCCCUGAGUUCCUUUGUGAUUACCAUUAUGGGUUCUGUGAUGUAAUCCCACCUAAUUGUAUCCAGUUAAGAAAUUUGAUCCUGAGUGCCUUCCCAAGAAACAUGAGGCUCCCAGACCCAUUCACUCCUAAUCUGAAGGUGGACAUGUUGAGUGAAAUUAACAUUGCACCCCGGAUUCUCACCAAUUUCACUGGGGUGAUGCCACCUCAGUUUAAAAAGGAUUUGGAUUCCUAUCUUAAAACUCGAUCGCCAGUCACUUUUCUGUCUGAUCUGCGCAGCAACCUACAGGUAUCCAAUGAGCCUGGCAAUCGCUACAACCUCCAGCUCAUCAAUGCACUGGUGCUCUACGUAGGGACUCAGGCUAUUGCACACAUCCACAACAAGGGCAGCACACCUUCAAUGAGCACCAUCACCCACUCAGCACACAUGGACAUCUUCCAGAACCUGGCUGUGGAUUUGGACACUGAGGGUCGGUAUCUUUUCUUGAAUGCAAUUGCAAAUCAGCUGCGGUACCCAAAUAGCCACACUCACUACUUCAGCUGCACCAUGCUGUACCUUUUUGCAGAGGCCAACACUGAAGCUAUCCAGGAACAGAUCACAAGGGUUCUCUUGGAACGGUUGAUUGUAAAUAGGCCACAUCCUUGGGGUCUUCUUAUUACCUUCAUUGAGCUGAUUAAAAAUCCAGCAUUUAAGUUCUGGAAUCAUGAGUUUGUACACUGUGCCCCAGAAAUUGAAAAGUUAUUCCAGUCGGUUGCACAGUGCUGCAUGGGGCAGAAGCAGGCUCAGCAAGUAAUGGAAGGGACAGGUGCCAGUUAGAUGGAACUGCAGCUCCGUUGCAAAGGUUUCAGCCUGGAGAUCCCACUGCGCCAAGUUGAUAAACUGAAGAAUUCUUUUCAGCUCUUCCUGACCUUCCAGCCCUUUGGUUCUCGGGUAUCUGCCCCAACUGCUGGUUGGGUCAGCCUCCUGUCUAUGUGGGUUCCAAAGUUUAAUGCAUUUUUUUGACUCUUGGCCAAAAUUUAGAAGAUGCUGUGAAUAUCAUUUUGAACUUGUGUAAAUAUAUGAAAGAGAAAAAACCUUUGUCUGGAACUUCUUGGGUUUGUGCAAAAUGUGUCCAAGGUAAAUACAUAAAUUUGUACCUUGUAAGAGACAGCUGAAGCCAUGCACUUUUCUGAGGGCAUAGCUCCAUGUCUUCUGACAUUCUUGGUGUCCCAUAGAACAGCAAAAAGCCAGUUUAAAUACUGUGCAACUUUUUAAAAAAAAUGUGGACAGGGGACCUUGGAAAUCACUAAAUUAUUUAAAAUGUGGUUGUGCUAGAAUUCAGUGUGCAACGGAACAUGGGGAGGGCUCUCAGUUGAGAUCUCAUGGGUUUUUGUUUUGCUUCUAUCUAAAGCUGCCAGCAGGGAAAGCAACAGUUGUACUAACUGUUUAUAUAUACACUGUGCCUGUGAGACAAGGUCAGCUCUCCCUAUAGGGGACACCAGACCAGGCCUAAAGCUCCCCCAUCCCUCUCCUAAUACUUGUAAAUUGUAGGGAAAGGAAAGGGAACCAAAUCAUAUGAACUGUCAUCCCCCAUUUAUCCCACUGAACAGCCAUAUCGGCUGAGUUGAACAACAAAUAAGUUUUUUUUUAAAAAGACCAAUACAGCACCUUUUGUAAGGAUUUCGAAUGUUUUGGAGAUGUAUUGGUUGCUAUGUUGUAUUUUGUAGCCUUUCUAGUUCCUGAGCUUUAGCUCUCCCACUUCUUAAAUGUGGAUGCAUACUGUAGUUAAACAUUAAAGUCAUGACACACA